UUCACAUCAUCUGUGACUGAUGUGAAUGGAGACCCUAGCAACUCUUCUCUGAGUGUUGACUCAAUAACUAGUGAUCUCAGUGGAACAUCUGUGAGAUGCUCUGAUGGAAAUGAUAACCUCAUUGGGUCCAAAGUCAUCUGUGUUAUAGAUGUGAAUAUGCUGGAGUCCCCAGAAUUCCAGUUUGCCACAGUCAGUGGAUUUGGUGAUGAAGAAAACAUGUGUCAACUGAGUUUGGAGUGGAGUGAGGCUGUUGUCAGUUGCAGUGGAGAUGUCCCAUACACUGUGACUGCCACUCCAUGUCUGUCUGGAUCUGGUGACUGUGAGGUCAUCAGUGGUAGUCCAGUGGAGACCUUCUCUACCACUGAGUCCCAGAUUACACUCUCUGUGGAUGGAAGUGUUGGUCUGGAGUAUGACUUUACUGUCAGUACUUGUGCCAACACCAGUGAUGUGUACACUGUGAACCUCACAGCCGGCAGUAGUGGUGGAGUUGAGUCUUCCUUCAACUAUAUCUACAAUAUAAUGACCCUGGAUGUAGACGCUGUUAACCUCACGUGGGGACGAUAUUUUGUUCUUGGUAGAGAGACUGCCUACAGAGUUGUAAUUGAUGAACAAGUCAUUGAGAUUGUGACAUCACAAGACUGUAGUGGGAAAGAUGUGUGGCUACAUCCAUUACUCUGACUCUCUCACUUCUUCCUCUUCUGUGACUGUGGAUGUGGUGGGAUGUGUCACUCUGAGAAUAGGUUUGAAGAAUACUUCGUCAGUUUGUUCUCCAGAAGAUUUACUGUCACCUGGUGUUGACUGGACAGCAAUACCAGAGUUCACAGCUGAUGGACAGGGUGUCUAUUCAUUUCCUGGAGGAAAUGUGACCUACAAUGGCGUGUCCCUGGGAUCAUCGGCCACAUACAGAGCUUCAAAAGGCUAUCUAGUCAAUGGAGUUAGAAUCCUGGAGAGAAGAUGUAAGGAUAACAUAUGGACAGCUCUCGAGCUGAUAAUCAGUAACGAAAGUGAGUUGGAAAGCACCACACCUCAAUGUACCAAUAGUACUACUGAAUCUGGAUUAACGGAAGACGAUCAAACUGUAAUAGUCG